AUGACGGCGGCGGUGUUUUUCGGCUGCACCUUCAUCGCCUUCGGCCCAGCUAUCGCUCUGUUCCUGUUUACCAUCGCCCGGGAGCCGCUCAGGGUCAUUUUCCUCAUAGCAGGGUAAGAGUCCUCUCAUAUUUAGGAAAAUGAACACCAUAAUAGACGCAUAUGUUCACUAAAAACUGUGUUACUUGCUCUAUUCUGUCGUUGAAUAUGAUUAAACUCAUUAGCAUUAGCUUACUAGCUGACUGACCGCAGUAAUGAAGCUAGUUUCAGCUAACUGUGGAGGCAUGUGUCCAUUAUCGGACAAGCUUUUUACAAAGUGGUCUAGUGUUUCUUUUUCUCCUCCUAAAACCACCAAUAAAGGUUUGAAGCGCUCAAACACUCACUUCAGAAUAAUCACCAUUCAGACAUCCAGUCCAACAUUUUGGUUUUAAAGACAAACCUCAGAUAGAACAAAGAGUCUUUAUAUAUUUUUAUAGAUAUGUAGAUUUAGUUAUGAAUGCUCAGUCACUAAUGGUCAGGAAACAGUGAUGUUGAGAGGUUUAUAGUGACCUCCUCUUCAGCUGAGAGAGUCCAAAGUGAUGCACCAGUGUGUUACCAUGAAGGUUUGGUGUAUCAGUGUUUUACUAUCAUAUUAUUGAAUUUAUUAUUGAUACUCCAAAACCCAAAGAAGGUUUCCGUCUUAAAAGUAAAGUGUGGACUGUACCAUUUUGGUUGCACAGGUGAAUUACAGAACAUAACGUUUAAUUCUCUUAAUAGGAACAUAACAGUCACAUCGUCAUAGCACUUUGUAAACCCUUGUUUCUAAAGUGCUAUAUAAAUAAAAGUUAUUGUUAUUAUUGUUGUUGUGAUUAUUAUUGUGAUAGUGUAAAUAUAUUUUCUUGGGCUCCAUAUGCUGAGUGUAUGAAGUGUAAUUCAUAUGGAGACCUAAAAUAUAAGUACAGCGCCUCAAAAAGUUGACCCAGUAUCAUCUCACGCAUAGUAAGAGUGUCCUAAUUUAACAGGCUUUUAAAUGAGUUUGUAAUAACUGAAUUAAAGGGAUAUUCCGUCAUAAAAUGAACUUAGUGUGUUUGACCCUAAAUUAAUUUUUAUGCCGAAAUAUCCCUUUAAUGCCAAAGAAAGAAAACCAAAAUGCUCUCAUCCUUUUUAUGGUAAAAGCUUGACCCUCUGUUUCAGGGAGUUUUGGCCUGAAGUUCUCAGAAGUCUUCUCCUAACAAACGCUCUUGUCCUGUUUGGUUCCUAAAAUGUGUGAAUGAACUUUAAGAGUCAAACAAAGUAUUUUAUAUUGUGGAAAAACAAUUCAGACCAAUAAGAAGUAGACUUUGAUAAACAGACAAAACAGUUAUUCAGCAGUCUUCAGAGAUGUCACUGACAACUAAAACUCGGUCAGAUCAGAUCUCAGCCUGUGAAGCUCAGAGAUGAUCAGAGAUAAACAGCACGUCAAUGUGAAAUGGACGGGAUUCGAUCACAUAGAGACGGUCAGUAGUAUAGCCAAUAAAAUCAUAUAAAUAUGAUUAUUUUCCAGAUUGUGUUGUUAUCAGAGGGGUUCCUGGUUUCAGCUCAAAAACCACGUCUGAGUCUCAGAUGAGCAGAGACUGAAAUUGAAGGUUUUCUGUUUCAUAAAUGUCCUUUUGUGUUUGACUUCCUCUCUCCUCAGGGCCUUUUUCUGGCUGGUGUCUCUGUUGCUGUCCUCCCUGGUGUGGUUCAUCUCAGUGCAGAUCAGUAACAAGGAGAGCGCAGCGCAGCAGAAAGGUCUCCUCAUCUUCGGCGUGGUCCUGUCAGUCCUGCUGCAGGAAACCUUCCGCUUCGCGUACUACAAGCUGCUGAAGUAAGCUGCUGCAGAACAUCCAUUCUUACCAGUUUUAGCUCACAUCUUACAGGAUUGUAACAUAUCUCUGAGCACGUCAUAUCAGAACUUUACUAUUUUUGAGUAUUUUAUGUAGCUGCUGUUAGAAAAGGAACCAAACAAGAACAGAGGAGAAACUCCCCGAGUCAUGAGAACAAACUACAGACUCAUUUUACUUUGUUUAUUCAGUGUUAUUAAAGAAGAAGUUAUUAUGUCUGUACAGUCAGAUGUCUGUCACACUUUAAAUCACUUCAGUCUGCAGUUUAUAGCGGUUUCUGUUUCUGGGACAGACUGGUGCUCUUGAUCAUGAACGGCCACUAGAGGACACUUUAUUAUCUUGUCCUGUUAGAAACAGGUCACCUGUCUAAAAACAUUGCUGGUCUCUCCUCACAUGUGUCACAUGUUUCUUCUCCAGCCUCCUGUUUGUUCCAGUUUCUCACCUGUUUGACCUUUUCUGCUCAUCUUCAUUGUUGCAGCUCAUAUCGUCUUUCACUCACUGUCGAUGUCUUUGGUACACCACGUGUUAAACGGACAUCACAGGCUGGAGUCGGAGGUUUCUGAUCUAAUUUUCUUUCUUCUCUUCAGGAAAGCAAAUGAAGGCCUCCUCGCUCUCAGUCAGGAGGAAACCAUGCCCAUCUCCAUACGGCAGCUCGCCUACGGUAAGAUUUCCUGACUCAUCACUAAUAAUACUUACCUUAACUUCUCAAUAAGAUUUCAAACAUAUCGAGACGUUAGACUGAACUAAACACCAAAGGAGGCCUCUGAUUUUUUCAGAUUACAGGGCUUCAACUUCUUGUACAUCUGUGUUAAAUACAUCCGACUGUUUUUUUGCCGGCUGUGGCGUUGUGGCGUCAUAUUGUGGCGUCAUACUGUGGUGUCAGGUGUACUCAGUGCUUAAAUAAACCCCCUUUUCUGACAUUAUACUGGUCCCAGUUUCUGGCCUCGGUUUCGGCUUCAUGAGUGGAGCGUUCUCAGUGGUGAACAUCCUUGCUGACUCUGUGGGGCCGGGGACGGUCGGUAUCCAUGGAGACUCACAGCACUACUUCCUGUCCUCAGGUAACCUUUCCCUCUCAGAGAUUUGAUAAACCGCCCAGAACUGAGUCUGUUUUUGGAAUCUUACCAGUAAAAGGUUUUUAUUUUUCAGCGUUUAUGACGAUGGCCAUCAUUUUACUACACAUGUUCUGGGGCGUGGUUUUCUUCGACGCCUGUGAGAAGCAGCGAUGGUGGGCGGUGGCUGCCGUGGUCAUCAGUCAUCUUGUCGUGUCCUGUCUGGUGAGUGUUGCUGCUCCUGAUCUUAGAACUUUUUAUAACACGAUACCGAACCCUCAUAACUCUGAAAGUGACUGGAAGACAGGGACAGAUUUAACAUCAGGAUUAGGACUGCACAGAACUACUGUCAUAAAGAGGGGUUACCCUCUGAUGCCUCUUUAAGUGAUAGUGCAUUAAAUGGAAAAUGAGCCAUUUGGAGUCCCCUUCAUUUGGGCCAGGGAGCACCGAGAGGGACAGGAAGAGACUGAAUAGACUGGUCAGGAGGGCCGGUUCUGUCCUGGACUGCUCUUUGGACUCCCUGGAGGAGGUGGGUGAGAGGAGGAUGUUAACAAAGCUUGUAUCCAUCAUGGACAAUCCCUCUCACCCACUGCACCAGACUGUGGGGGCUUUAGGCAGCUCCUUCAGCAGCAGACUGAGACUCCCACCCUGCAGGACGGAGCGCUACCGCAGAUCAUUCCUCCCCUCUGCAAUAAAACUUUACAUUGAACAGUAACAAAACUGGAUUUACACCACCACUUUUUUUUUUCUCUGGCUUUUAAAUUGUGUAUAUUGUAGAAAGCUUUAUUUUUUCUUCUCCCCCUUUUUCCUUUUUUUCUUAAUUAUUACAUUUAUUUAAGUUCUUAAUAUUAGGACCCUUAUUGUUAUAACUGCAUUUUUGCACUUUUUGUCUUUUCUGUGAUGCUGCUGGGACAAAAAAAAUUUCCCCCAUGGGGGAUCAAUAAAGGAAUAUUCUAUUCUAUUUGGCAGUAGGUAUGCAACGAUUACAAAUGGUAAAAUGACAAUCGGCGGUGAAAUGUCCGACAGUUAGCGCUACCGUUUCAAAUAAUAAUUACCGUUAAAAUCGUGUUUGAUUGCCGCACUCUGGAAAAGCUCACAGUGAUACUGCUCAGUGCUGAGAAGAGCCGCCGCACUGCGCAGUACACAACUUGUAAACAUGGCGGAGGGCAGUUCUGCCGACCGUGUUGAAGAGAUUUUUCCACUGUCAAAGAAAACAAAGUCCAAAGUCUGGGCGUAUUUCGGCUUCUACAAAGACGCAGAAGGGACACUGAUUGAGGACGGCCAACCAGUUUGCUGAAAAUGCCAAAAAAAAUCUCAGCGAAGGGUGGAAACACUUCUAACAUGAUCUCUGCUCUACGUGACAACCAGACAAACUGUACAGCGAGUUAAAGGAACUACACAUUUGUUUACAUGUGGUUGUAUUGUUUGAUAUAGUCGUGAUGCUCUAUUAUAUAUUUGUAAGAGUAGAUCCUCUGUUAUUUAAGGUUAAGUUCACUCUGCGUGUUAUUUUGAUCCUGUCUGAUGAUGAAUGUUACAGAAGCUCCAAGACUUUGGUGAUAUUUUGGUUUCUGCUGACGUCUCUCACUCCUCCUCUCCAAACAGACCUUCCAGAACCCGGAGUACAUCGCCAGUCUCGUCCCCACCUACGUCAUCCUGUUCCUGAUGGGGAUCUGGGCCUUCUACUCGGCCGGCGGCUCGCUCCGGAACCUUAAACUUUGCCUGACGUGCAAAGACAAGGACUUCCUGCUGGCUAACCACCGGCCCAGAUAA